AUGCAGGCGACGGGCAGCCUUGUUGGCAUUGCCAUUGCACAAGACUCUAGUGUGAUCCAAGAGACAACAGAGCAGAACUAUAUUUUGUCUUCGAUUGAAGAGAACCAACGCCUAUCACAACAGUCCAAUACUGAACAUAGUGCCAAUGGCGUCGGUAACACAGAUCCUUCCACGAAAUACUACGUGAUAGAAUUGAGCUAUAAAUCCGAAGGCGGACUCACUGAGCCGAUUACGAUUCGUCACCAAAUACCAGAGGCUAUCACAGAUCGGCCAGGAACCGCCAUUUUAGACCAGCUACAAAUGCCGAUCUCACCGCAAGAAGCCCUAUCACUCCCAACCCGAGAUAUACUUGACCAACUGGUCCAGACGUUCUUUCACAAGAUUCAUCCAGCCUACCCGCUAUUCGACAGGGAAAUAUUCUUACAGUCUUACCAUGAAGGCCACACGUCUCCCUUGGUUUUACAAACGAUUGCUCUUCUAGGUUUCACCAUCGGAGGCGAUGAUUUGAUCCGUGAAGCGGGUUUCAGUGACCGUGCAACAGCAAGGAAGACGCACUAUAUUCGCGCCAAGACUUUGUACGACGCAGAUUAUGAGACUGACCGCAUGAAUCUUGUUGCUGCGCUGCUCCUUCUGGGCUUCUGGUGGGCCGGACCUGACGACCAGAAAGAUACCUGCUACUGGGUUAGCUGCGCUGUCAAUGUGGCGCAAUCAAUGGGACUGCACCGCUCGUGGGUUGUGACGAUUGCAUGGAUCCUGAAACACGCUGACAAGGUGGUCACAGGGUGCAGCAGCCUGCUAUUGCUCCACGCGUGA